CUCCUGUUCAAGUUGACAUGCUCUUCCGUGGGACCUUCGUCCAUUUCCCAAGCCUUGACUCUCUAGAAAUACUGCGCGACCACGUCCUGCAGGUCAACGAGGAAGGCUUCAUCGCAUACAUAGGGCAUGCGGCCCAUGAACAGUCCCUCAGGCUGUUGCACUCUCAGAAAGACCAGCUUGUCAACCUCAAAGACGGCGAAUUUCUGCUCCCCGCCUUCAAUGACCUACACCUUCACGCCCCACAGUAUCUAUACGCCGGCAAUGGCUUGGACCUCCCACUCAUGGAAUGGCUCGACAAGUACACAUACAAGGCCGAGGAACGCCUGGACGCUGACCCGAAGCUCGCCCGCGCUGUAUACAAGCGCCUAACACAGCGUCUCAUUGAAUGCGGGACAGGCGCAGCGUUGUUGUUUGGCACGAUAAAGGCGGAGACCAACAUUAUCCUCGCACAAGCGAUGCGCGAAGCGGGCUUGCGGGCCUUCGUAGGCAAGCUCUCCAUGGACAUCUCCUCACGCAAGACAUACGUCGAGGCAUCCUCCGACGAAGCCCUCGCCGCCGCGCGCGGGUUCAUCGACCGAUGCGAGGAUAUCAACAAGGAAGGGACGGGUCCAAAUGUCGCCCCGGUCAUUACGCCCCGCUUCGUGCCGACGUGUUCUCCGGUGCUGCUAGAUGGGCUCGGCGCGCUGGCGAAAGAGCGCGAGGUUCGAGUGCAGAGCCAUCUUGCCGAGGCGCACGACCAGGUCGAGUGGGUGCGGGCUGAGCGGGGCAUGGAGGAUAUCGAAGUGUUCGAUAAGCAUGGCUUAUUGACCUCACGAACCGUCCAGGCUCACUGCACGUUCCUCGACCCGCCGGACCUGGAUUUGCUGCAGGCGCGCGGCUCAGCCGUCGCCCAUUGCCCGCUCAGCAACGCAUACUUCUCCGCGCGCCCAUUCCGCCUGCGCGAGGCCCUUAACCGCGGUGUGAAGAUCGGCCUGGGCAGCGACGUCGCGGGCGGGUACGCGCUUGACCUCAUGCACGCCAUGCGGCAGGCCGUCAUCGUGUCCCGCAUGCGUGAGGGUGAGCGCAUCAUCCAGCAGCAAGACAAGCAAGCCGAAGCUCAAGACCCCAACCUGGCCAUCAAUUGGAAAGAAGCGUUAUACCUCGCGACGCGCGGAGGAGCCAUCGCGCUCGACCUGCCGCAGGGCACGGGCUCGUUCGUCGUGGGCGCGCCGUUCGAUGUUCAACGAAUACGGCUAUAUGACGGGGAUAGUGGAGUGGGCGUCGGAGCACUCGACUUCUUCGACCUCGAGCUGGAUCCGGCGGCGCCGCGCUUCCUUUCAGAGGAGAUGAUCGAGAAGUGGUGGUGCCUGGGCGACGCGAGGAAUAGGGUAGCCAUGUAUGUGCAAGGGAGGUCCCUGGUAGCAUAGACAAAGAGGCGGAAUGCGCCCGCCAUUGCUAUGGGGAUAGCUCCUCUGCCUCUAGCUGCUCCCACGAAGGUAGACAGCAUUUGAGGGGUAGCUCUUUCCAUAGCUGCUCGCGGUGCUCCUGCACCUCCUGCUGGAACCUCCGCUUGCAGGACGUACAUGUCGAGCUGUCCUCGGAGAACUCGGUCACGGCUUGCUUCAUGUAGUGGAAAGGGCCGGUUCGCAUCGUCCAUGAGCGCGAUAAUCGCGAUGCGAGCCUGUUUAGCGCACGUUGACAGACGGUC